UCUGGGAGGAGGAGGUGUAAAAUGUAAUUAAUAAGCCAAAGUAAUUCAGUGUAUCAAUGUCACUACAUUAAGAAUAAAUGUAAUAGAAGUGAAACUGGGAAAACUAUGAGUUGGAAGAUAUAAAAUAUAGAUCAAGUAUCAAAGAUCUCUGGAUUAUUAGGGAAAGACUCCACUGACAACUACUGUAUCACUUAUUUUGUCUUAGUUAUUUUAUUUUGUUUGUGAAUGUUUAUUGUUUGUCUCUAGAUCAUCUCUUCAUGUAUGUUUUUAGCAUAUUCUGUUGUCUCUGUAUAUGUUUUAUACCUCUGAUGCAUCGACUAUCUGUUGGAAAUUGUAGAAAAAUUAUAGAAAAAAAAAGAUAUAGAUCCUCAAUUUCCGUUUCCUCAUCAAAAAUUGACGUUGACGUGUGGGCGUGGCUCCACUUAUAACGUACUGACGUCAACAGGAAGAGUUGGCAGAGGUCUGAACUACGCCUCUUCAGAGUUUUGGUCAGAUUUUGUUAGUUGUAGUUAGUCCGUGUUUGUAAUGUGAGGGCAGUUAUUAAACUAACAAUGCCUGUUCAAAGCGUGCCAGUCCGGGAUGCGUCCAUUCAUUACCGUUUACUGCAACAGUAUCUGAUUCUCCUGAAGAAAUACCCCAUUCUCACCAAGUCUGUAACGAGUGGCAUCCUCUCAGGUUUAGGGAAUAUUCUAUCUCAGGUUUUGGAAGCCAGAAAAAAAGCCAGAAAUGGAGCUUCAGUCGAGGAGAUUGACACAGCAGGAGUUGCACGAUAUGCAAUUUAUGGGUUGUUUAUCACGGGACCAGUGAGCCAUUACUUCUACCAGCUGAUGGAGGUGUGGAUGCCCAGCACAGACCCGUACUGUAUAAUCAAACGCCUGCUCCUGGAUCGGCUAAUAUUUGCCCCUGGCUUCUUGCUGCUCUUCUACUUAGUUAUGAACCUACUGGAGGCUAAAGGGUGGGUAGACUUUGAAAAGAAGAUGAGAAGUAGUUACUGGACUGCUUUGAAGAUGAACUGGAAAGUUUGGACUCCCUUCCAGUUCAUUAAUGUCAACUUUGUGCCUGUUCAGUUUCGGGUGCUGUUUGCCAACAUGGUGGCCUUAUUUUGGUAUGCCUACCUUGCAUCUGUCAGGAAAUGAAGCAUCAAGAUCUUUUCCACAGGAAACAAAUCUGGCAAAAAUCCUGCUGCCUUGUGACCUUGGUGUGAAAAGGGAGAUAAUACAACCAGGCUAUUAUAAGUCCUAAUGUAUUCCUGUUCCUAAUCUGGAUGGAACUCACAGUGGCACUGAUCAGCUUUUAACCAACUUGCUCAAUGCGUUUUAACCAUUACAAAGUACUACUGAGAUUUUUGAUGUUUGACUGUAAUAACAGAAUGGUAAUAAAAUAAAGUACUCAAAUGAAGUACUUCAGAUCACUGCCAAAAUGUAAAAUGCAAAAGUAAACGCUGACAUAUCUGUGAAGACCAGCCUAUCUUUUAAAUACUGUAAUAAUGAAAGUUUUCCAGAAGACUAUAAAGAAUGCCUUGGUUGUCUUUAUUGUAGUUGGUCUGAACAGGAUAGAGUCCUACUCAGAAUAAAGAUGAAGAAUGGUACAGGAAAUGUUACAGAAUGUGCAAAGUUUCAUUAUUAAUACCUUUAUUUUUAUGUAACAGUGAACAGUUA